CACAAUGAUGACUUGCGUCUCAACGCUCGCCUGCGCCGCCCUCCUCGUCGCGCUCAUCCUCGCCGCGCACCGCCUCAUCGACGCCAUUGCCUGCGCCGUCAGCCGGCGGCGUCUGCGUGCCAAGGUCGCCGCAUGGACGCCGCCGGGAGUCUCCUGGAUUGCAAGACAGCGUGUGGUGGUGAUCGUCAAUCCAAACGCCGGCGCUGGGUGGGGCGACUGCGUCUACGAGGACGUCGUACGGCCGAUGCUGCGGCGCGCGGGCGUCGAGCACGAGGUCGUAAGAACAACGUGCGCCGGCAUGGCCGAGCGCGAGGCUGCUGAGCUCGCCUCACGCAAGGUACCGGUCGACUGCGUACUGAGCGUCUCAGGCGACGGGCAGCUUCACGAAUGCCUCAACGGGCUGCGCGGCGGCGGCACUGGAGGCCGCACCGCGCUGGCAGUCGUCCCGGCCGGCACCGGCAACGGCAUGAGCGACACGUGCUUCGGCCGCGGCAGCGACGCGUUCGAGGCCUUGUGUUCGAUCCUGUGCGCGUCUGGGCCGACGCCUGUCGACGUGAUGCGCCUGACGUACCCCGACGAGCCGGCGCGGACGCCGCGGCACGACCUGCACUUCUUCUGCUGGGCCGCCUUUGCGGACCACGACUACGUCACCGAGAACGGGUGGCGCUGGCUCGGGCCGCUCCUCAAGGUGGCGCUCGCGCCGCUGUACGUCAUCGCGCAGCGCAGGGGCUACGCCGGGACGGUGGAGUUCGAGCCCGCCGGCGCCCUCGAGCCUCCGGACCCCGAGUGGAAGCGGGAGGCUUACCCGUACUCCGACGCCGCCGCGCUGCCACCCUCCCCGCACGACGCAAGCCUGCGGGUGCUGGAGGGACCGUUCUGGUGCCUUGCGGUUGGGAACUGCCCCGAGGGCGGCUCUGCGACGCUGCCAGUCCCGCGCGCGAGGAUGGCGGACGGCGGCCGCGCCGAUUUGCUCGUCUGCCGUCACACGCCGCGCCUCACGCGGUGGCGCUGCCUGCAGCUCUUCCUCAUGAUGGAGAAGGGCGAGCACGUGGCGCAGCCAGACGUGGCGGUGUACAAGACGCGCCGGCUGCGCCUCUAUCCGCGCGGCGGGGCGGGCCACCUCCAGCUGAGCGGACAGGAGAUGCCCAUGCCGCGCGGGGGAGUCGUGCAGCUCGACGUGCUUCCGGACGAUCAGCUGCUCGUGUUUUGAGGAGCGAGAUCUCGCUGGGCCUUGCGGUGAGAUCGUGAGUGCACGUGUGUCGACGUGUGUCGUGCUGUCGUGUCGUGUCGAUCUGAAGGCCCCUAGUAUGAUCACGUAUGCG